AUGGAUCAUAUAAGUAACGAGGCUAGUGUUGACCGUUUUGCGAUUGGCCCUUCUAGUAUUAUUGGCAGGACUAUUGCUUUCAGGGUUCUCUGCUGCAAGUCUAUCUCAAAAUUGAGGCAUCAGAUACUCUUUGUGUUGUUGGAUAUCUUCCAUAGUUUUAGGCGAUUUUGGGGACCCAUUGUGUCAUGGUUGCACCCAAGAAACCCGCAGGGGAUAUUGGCAAUGAUGACAAUAGUUGCUUUCUUGUUGAAACGGUACACCAAUGUGAAGGUGAGGGCUGAGAUGGUAUAUAGGCGGAAAUUUUGGAGAAAUAUGAUGAGAUCUGCAUUGACCUAUGAGGAGUGGGCUCAUGCAGCCAAGAUGCUUGAUAGAGAGACACCAAAGAUGAAUGAAUCAGACCUUUAUGAUGUGGAGCUGGUGAAUAACAAGCUUGAAGAGCUUCGUCAUCGCCGGCAAGAGGGGUCUCUUAGAGAUAUAAUAUUUUUUAUGCGUGCAGAUCUUGUCAGAAAUCUAGGUAAUAUGUGUAACCCUGAACUCCACAAAGGUAGGCUUCAGAUGCCAAGACUAAUCAAAGAGUAUAUUGAUGAGGUAUCAACUCAGUUGAGAAUGGUCUGCAACUCUGAUUCAGAGGAGCUUGCAUUGGAAGAAAAGCUAUCUUUCAUGCAUGAAACUAGACAUGCAUUUGGGAGGACCGCUUUGUUGUUAAGUGGGGGUGCUUCCCUUGGAGCUUUUCAUGUUGGUGUGGUUAAAACACUGGUAGAGCAUAAACUUUUGCCGAGGGUUAUUGCUGGUUCAAGUGUAGGAUCCAUUAUGUGCGCUAUCGUUGCCACUAGGUCUUGGCCUGAGCUUCAAAGCUUUUUUGAGGAUUCAUUGCACUCAUUACAGUUUUUUGAUCAACUGGGUGGGAUUUUUACAGUUGUGAAGAGGGUCACAACAUAUGGUGCAGUUCACGAGAUCAGACAUUUGCAAAUGAUGCUCAGGAAUCUAACAAACAAUCUCACAUUUCAAGAAGCAUAUGAUAUGACGGGUCGAAUUCUUGGGAUUACAGUUUGUUCUCCAAGAAAGCAUGAACCACCUAGAUGUCUUAACUACUUGACUUCACCUCAUGUUGUUAUAUGGAGUGCAGUCACUGCUUCUUGUGCCUUUCCUGGCCUUUUCGAGGCUCAGGAAUUGAUGGCAAAGGAUAGAAGCGGAGAGAUUGUUCCUUACCAUCCUCCAUUUAAUUUGGGUCCUGAAAAGGGUUCCACUCCAGUGCGCCGUUGGAGGGAUGGUAGCUUGGAGAUUGAUUUACCUAUGAUGCAGUUGAAAGAGCUGUUCAACGUCAAUCAUUUUAUUGUUAGUCAAGCCAAUCCUCAUAUUGCACCAUUAUUGAGAAUGAAAGAAUUUAUACGAGCUUGUGGAGGUAAUUUUGCAGCAAAGCUUGCUCAUCUAGUAGAGAUGGAGGUGAAACAUAGAUGUAAUCAAGUACUGGAACUCGGCUUUCCAUUAGUUGGACUUGCCAAACUGUUUGCUCAAGAGUGGGAGGGUGAUGUAACAGUUGUUAUGCCUGCAACUCUUUCUCAGUACUUAAAAAUCAUACAGAACCCUUCUUAUGUAGAACUUCAAAAGGCAGCUAAUCAAGGGAGAAGAGGCACCUGGGAGAAGCUUUCUGCCAUAAAAGCAAAUUGUGGAAUUGAGCUUGCUCUUGAUGAGUCUGUUGCAAUGCUCAAUCAUAUGAGACGACUCAAAAAAAGUGCGGAGAGAGCUGCUGUUUCUCAUGGUCUGCCCAGCACAGUCAAAUUCAGUGGUUCAAGAAGAAUUCCAUCGUGGAAUGUGAUUGCACGAGAGAAUUCUACAGGAUCCCUAGAAGACCUUCAUACAGAUGCUGCUUCCUCAUUGCAUCAAGGGGUCAAUAGUAGUCCCCGUGGAGCCACUGGUAAAAAUUGGAAGUCCCACCGGAACAUUCAUGAGGCAAGUGACAGUGAAUCUGAAAGUGCUGACCUGAAUUCUUGGACCAGAUCUGGUGGACCUUUGAUGAGAACUACAUCAGCAGAUACGUUCAUUGACUUUGUCCAAAACUUAGAAGUUGAUACUGACCUACAUAGAAGCAAGGUGACUCAGACUAGCCCUCGUGGUUUUCAGCAUCACAGUUCAAGGCACACAACUCCUGAUAAGUGCUCCGAGAGCACAGAAUUUGAUCAGAAAGAAAAUGGCAACAGGGUUGUCAUGAAUGGAUCUAACAUAAUGGUAACUGAAGGUGAUCUUUUACAGCCUGAAAGGAUCCAUAAUGGGAUUGUAUUUAAUGUUGUCAAGAAAGAAGACUUGACACCUUCAAAUAGGAAUCAUGAUUAUAAUAGUUAUAACCAUGAAGUGGUUGAAUGUGUACAAAUUGACUUUCCAGGGAAGGAGAUGGAUGCUGCUAGCUCAGCUUCUGAAAAUGGUGAGGAGGAAUCCACAAUUUCCAGCUCUUUAACUGAUAAACUAGAUUAUCAUUCCACAGAACAUUCCAGGACAGAUUUGGGUAUGGAUCAAAACAUUGUUGAUAGUUAA